AUGUCAUCCUUAGCACUCGAAGGUACAGUGUAUCUGCAGGAUGCCUUGCGCGGCGGGGGGCGGGUCGGGAGCGAGGGGGCGGUGGCGCAGGCGCGCGAAGGAAGAGGCGGUGGCGCGCGAGUGCGCAGGCGCGGCCCGGCGGCGGUGCGGGUCGGGGCCGCGGGCGGAGCGCGGCGAUGCGCGGAGCGGCCGGCCCCGGCCCCCCCACCCCGGGUCCCCCCCCCCGGCCCCCGCGAGCCGGCGCGGCUGUGCGGCUACCUGCAGAGGCUGUCCGGCAAGGGCCCGCUGCGCGGCUACCGCAGCCGCUGGUUCGUCUUCGACCCCCGCCGCUGCUACCUGUACUACUUCAAGAGCCCCCAGGACGCGCUGCCCCUGGGCCACCUGGACAUCGCCGAUGCCUGCUUCAGCUACCGGGGCCAGGAGGAGGCGGCCGACGAGCCCGCCGGAGAGCCCUCCGCGCAGUUCCAGGUGCACAGCAACGGCGCCGUCACCGUGCUCAAGGCUCCUAACCGUCAACUCAUGACAUAUUGGUUGCAAGAACUUCAGCAGAAAAGAUGGGAAUAUUGCAACAGUCUUGAUGGAGUGAAGUGGGACAACAGAACCUCUCCCACCCCAAGUGACUUUUCCAAAGGUCUCGUUGCCAAAGACAGCACGGAUUUAGUUUUCCCACAUCUCAAUGCCUCGGCUGAGAAAGCCAGAAACGUCCUAGCUGUGGAAACUAUACCUGGAGAACUAGUGGGAGAGCAAGCAGCAAAUCAGCCAGCCCCAGCCCAUGCAAGCAUCCAUAAUUUCUCCCUGAAACAGUGGGGUACUGAGUUAAAAAAUUCAAUGUCUUCCUUCAGACCUGGGAAAGGAAACAGUGAUAACAGGAAGAGUGUGUUUUACACUAGUGAAGAAUGGGAAUUUAUAGAUCCAACCCCUAAGGAUGUGGAGGAAUCAAUCUUGCAAGAAGAAAGGAGAAAGCAAACUUCAGAAGGAAGUAAAGGAGUAACUGGCUCAACCUUUUCCUUUGAUUUUGGCCGCAUUCCCACUAAAGGAAGGCGCCCCCUGAAAGACAUGAUUGGAUCAUACAAAAAUCGAAGUAACCACGGUGACUCUCCAGUUGAUUGGACCCCAGGCAAUAGCAACAAACUCACUUUGGAAAUGCAGCUGAAAAUUCAAAACCAGCAAGAAGAACUGGAAAGGCUGGGAAAGGAUUUGUCUAGUCAGAAGGAACUUGUGAGACUACUUCAGCAGACAGUCAGAUCUUCUCAGUAUGAUAAGUAUUUCACUAGUAGUCAUCUUUGUGAUGGGAUUCCAAGAGACAAACUUGAGCUCUUACACCAAAAAGAUGAUCAUAUUUUAGGGCUCAACAGCCAACUUGAAAAGUUCAGUUUGGAAAAGGACAAUCUUCAACAGGAAGUAAGGAACUUGAAAAGCAAAGUCGGAGAACUCAAUGAACAGCUGGGAAUGUUAAUGGAAACAAUUCAAGCCAAAGAUGAAGUGAUCAUAAAACUCUCACGACAGCUGAGCGAAUGUGAAGGGAAUUCAUCGUCCCAGAGUGGAACACCUACCACCUCUGAAUCCCCUUCUUUUAAAAAAGAACUCCAGGAGCUAGACAGAAUAAAAGAUAAUCUUCAGGGGUACAAAACCCAGAACAAAUUUCUAAAUAAAGAGAUUUUGGAACUGUCUGCUCUGCGGAGAAAUGCAGAAAGAAGGGAGAGGGAAAUGAUGGCUAAGUAUUCUAGCCUGGAAGCGAAACUUUGUCAAAUCGAAAGCAAAUACUUGAUUUUGCUUCAAGAAAUGAAAACUCCGGUUUGCUCUGAGGAGCAGGGCCCUGCCCGUGAUGUCAUUGCCAGAUUACUGGAAGAUGCUUUGCAGGUGGAUAGCGUGGAGCAGCCGGAACAAGCUUUCAUCAAACCUCACCUUGUCAGUGAAUAUGACAUUUAUGGAUUUCGGACAGUUCCCGAGGAUGAUGAAGAAGAGAAGCUGGUAGCCAAAGUGCGCGCCUUAGAUCUCAAGUCCCUUUACCUCACGGAAAACCAGGAUAUUUCGACUGGAGUGAAGUGGGAAAACUAUUUUGCGAGCACAGUGAACAGAGAGAUGAUGUGCUCUCCAGAACUGAAAAGCCUUAUCCGCACUGGAAUUCCACACGAGCAUCGGUCUAAAAUGUGGAAGUGGUGCAUCAACUUUCACACUAAAAAGUUCAAAGACAGCACCGAUCCGGGCUAUUUCCAGACAUUGCUGCAGAACGCUCUGGAAAAGCAGAAUCCCGCAUCGAAGCAAAUUGAGCUGGAUCUGUUGCGAACUUUGCCAAAUAACAAACAUUACUCUUGUCCCACUUCUGAAGGGAUACAGAAGUUGCGAAACGUUCUGCUGGCAUUUUCUUGGAGAAACCCAGAUAUUGGAUAUUGCCAAGGUCUAAACAGAUUGGUAGCAAUCGCACUCCUAUAUUUGGAACAAGAAGAUGCUUUCUGGUGUCUAGUUACUAUAGUGGAAGUUUUUAUGCCUCAAGACUAUUAUACAAAAACUCUCCUGGGAUCACAGGUGGACCAACGAGUGUUCAAGGAUCUCAUGAGUGAAAAGCUGCCUCGGUUGCAUGCCCACUUUGAGCAGUACAAAGUCGACUACACGCUCAUUACCUUCAACUGGUUUCUGGUGGUGUUCGUGGACAGCGUUGUCAGUGAUAUCCUCUUCAAAAUAUGGGACUCUUUUCUUUAUGAGGGACCAAAGGUCAUUUUCCGUUUUGCUCUAGCACUUUUUAAGUACAAGGAAGAGGAAAUCUUGAAGCUCCAAGAUUCAAUGUCCAUUUUCAAGUAUCUCCGCUACUUCACACGCACUAUUCUCGAUGCUCGGAAGUUGAUCAACAUUUCCUUUGGAGACCUGAAUCCUUUCCCACUGCGUCAGAUAAGGAACCGGAGAACCUACCACCUGGAAAAAGUGCGUCUUGAGCUCACGGAACUCGAAGCCAUUCGGGAGGACUUUCUGCGAGAACGAGAGACCAACCCCGACAAGAGAGACCUCAUCAGUGAUGACGAAGAGGACAAUUGAGAGAAUUCACAGACUCUUUCUUUUUGUUUUCUUGGCACACUUAUUUGUCCUGUUGUCACGACCAAAGCUUAUCAAGGAGAUUAAAGUCAAAUAUAUUUCUAUUUCUUUAAAAGCAGAAUGUAAUUGUGUGUGUGGCAUUUGGAAAUGUGCUGGACAGAUUUCCAAAAUAAUUCAGCACUUUUAAAUUUUCCUUUUCUCAUUAGAGGUUACUCGAUUCUGUUUACAGCUGAGCUCAGCCAAUCUAUUGUGGUUACCCUGUGGCUAUGUGCAUGAGCAGCGAAGUUUUAAAGCUGUUUUGAUUGGUGAAUCGGUCAGCGGUCUAGAGGGAUUCUUUAAGACCCCAAGAGCAUUUGUGCUUUAAGCAAAGUUAGAAACAUCUCAUCCUUGAAGAAAGGAAGUCACUGACUUUGCUUGUCAUACCAUAUGCAUUUUCAAAGUAACAACUUAAAAGUCAUCUGGCACGGUGAUGUAAUUUCAGCAUUUACAUUAAGAAAAAAAAAUCCAAGCACUGCUUCUCUGUGGUCAAGUGAUCGUCUGGACCCAGCAGAUGGUAAACUUGAAAAUAUUGGUCUCUAGAAAAACAAGCACUAUAUUAUUCUAUUUUUUCCCAAGCCCCAUAAUUAAAAUUCAAACCCCUGCUCUUUGAACAUUUUAAACACAAGUUGUUUAUCUCAUGUAGCCUCUUUCAUGUACUGGAAAAUUCCCCUGAAAUUUCAUUUAUUAAAGUAAUGUUUUGAGUGUUCUUUCACUAGAACACCCCCAAACAUUAGACUUGCAAGUAACUUGCUGGGAAAUCUGGAGGCUCCCUGGGGGAAUCCCCAUUAUAUGGAGCCCAAAUUUCAGUUAUUCUUUCAACAUCAGGGAACACUUACAAGUCAAACAAAUUCUUCAUAAAUAACUGGGUCGGGGAUAGGCCCAUGGAUUAUUGGCUUUCUGAGGUUGACAGUCUUAGGGUAAAAUGAGGAAUGAGAUGGGGAUUGGUACAGUAAGGAUUGACUUUUCAUUGAUCAGAUAUGAAAAAUUGGAUUGAAACACUGUUCAAGAGCAUUCUUCAAGUGAUGUAGGGGCCAGGGGAGGGAGGUAGAGUUUGUAGUUGUGCUUUUGGCAGGUAAAGGACCUUGUACUGUCUGAGAACCGUUUGGUUAAUGCAAGCUGUUCUUUUCAGGAGGUAGAACAGAUUGAACCAUUUGCCUUGCUGGGCAAAUGGUGUGAAAGCACAUUUCCUCAUUGGCCACUGCUUUUAGCAUGGCACUUUCCAGUUUCUACUUCCAGGCCAUUUCAUUCCUCAGGGACUAUAGAUUGGACAUUCGCUAUUUCCACCUCAGUCGCUAUUUCACUUGUCAGAGAGGUUGCCACCACUAGGUUAUACUAAUGGGGUGAACAACUCUGCAUUGGUUCCUGGUUAAUUUUAGCAUUUCCUCAUGAAAAUGUGGAAAAUGUAGGUAAACCAAAAGGGAAGUCAUAGAUUGCUUGAGGGUCACAUGUCGCUGACGUUAGGACAGUAGAUGGGGGUCAACAGUUGUCAACUAUGUGCUUUGUGAAUUCAGGUUUCAGGGACAACAUGCUAAGGGUCAUAGAGGACAUGGCUAUGAAAUUUCAAUCCUGGUUGUUCAAUCAAGAUCAGAAUGUGUCGGGAACCCCUAUCUUUGAAGAUUUCUUUUGUUUUGUAAUAGAAAAUGCACUUAAGUUGUUUUUGUGGUGUUAUAGCUGUAUGCUGCAUUGUUUCUGCGAAUUAUUGUGAUGCCAAAUCAGACCACAGUCCGACUCUAAUGGGUGUCCUGAGAGUAUUCCUAUCCAGUAGUCUAACUGGAGACAAAUGUAAUAUUAAGUUGCAAGUCCUUAGAUUAUCCAGAAAAAAACCCAAAAGAUAAUGUGUAUUUGCAGUGUCUACUAGACAUUUAGAGACACUUGAAAAAUGCAAUUAGCAGAAGUAUUAUUGUUAACAAGCUUUUUUUAAAGUCUCCACCUUUAGCCAUACUACAGUUAAAUCAGUAUUCAAAACAAAUCGGAUCAGAUGUAUUUUCCGCCACUUCUGAUCUUAGGUUUCAUUAAUUCAGUUUAUCACUAAGUUGAAGGAGCUGGUCUCUGUAUCUUUAACCAGAUCUAUGAUGCAUUAGCCGUAUUUUGUAUCCAAGUGUUAAAUUUAUUCUGAAUCAAUUUUAUAGUUUUCUUCUUAGGAGUAGCUAGAUUUGAGAUCGAACUUUUUGAAAAUCUAUAGUCGUCAUGCUUUUACAUGCCGAGUUUUUUUGUUUUUUUUUUUGUUUAGCCUUGCUAUAAUGAGCCUUCAUCACAGCUGCAGUCCAAGACAUCAUAAACGCUUGAGAACCUACAGAUAAAUCAAUCAUCGUUUAACUCGAGAACGGCUUUUAUGGAAGCCCCUCAUAUCUGGCAAAUCAGUUACAAUUUCAGUGAGCUUGGACCACCAUGAGUCUCCUCAUGUUGUCUGAGUUACAUUGCAGGUGCUAGGCCAACUAUGAUUUUGAAGUUUCUGUGUUUCUAUUGAGGGUUUCUUCAUAAAUACUGUAUCGAAAUGAUAAUGUUGGGUUAAACUCGUUACCUGUGUGUGUUUCAGGUCAUCUUGAUAGACCUGUGUGCUGGGGAGAAAUUUUCCUAGCAACCAUCUAAAUAGAGGCGGGACAGAGUAGGAGGCACAGGAAAUGAAUUUGGGGUGUCCAAGCCUACCCCAAUGGGCAGAAGUUUGUUUACUGAAUCCCGCCAGGAAGGAUCAGAGCAGAGCAGCUUGAGGGAGAAAGGCCACUAAGUGGCCCCUCUCUUCUUGGAGAUAAUAACCUCUCCGGUAAAAGUUUGCCCUGCAAGAAACUGGGAAAAAGCUCUCUUGAGAAUAAGGAAUCGGGUUAAGGAGCAGGAAGGACCUCCCCCUUUUUUAAGGUGGUAAUUAAGCAGGAUCACCACUAAAUGAUGGCAAGCACAAAUGGAAUGGGAUCUGCAAGUGCUGGAUUCUCUGGAGACCAAAAAUGAUUGCCCAGUGAUGAACUUCCUAAGCAGUGAGGGAGAAUUAACAUUCACCACCACCGCUGCAAUCAACAGGAGUUAUCCGAGUACUUAUAUUGUCUUGGAAAUUCUCCGUAAUCCCUGGGCAGAAACGGCAAACCCUUAAAUGUAUGGGGUUUUUUUUUUAAUGUAUUAUGCACCUGUUUCAAGUUUUUGUGUCACUACAGUUUGUGUUUGUAUAGAUUUUGAUACAGAUUUUUUAGGUAAUGUAUGUUUAUAUUCACAGUACUAUUUCUUAUGCAUGGCCCCCAUUGUGUAUAAUAUUUAUGUAAACCGAACCACUAAAUUACUCUUCUCCCAUUUUCUUGGUCACCAUUCACUUUAUGUAUGCAUGGAUCCAAUUACACCAGGUAACUCUCUGGGUUACUUGCAGCAAAGCUGACAGCUGUUAGUCUAGAGAGGAAGUUUUUAGCCAGGACAACUGGCUCCAGAUAUUAAUAUUAGCGCCUACUAUACUGGAAGAACCAGUACUGUAAGCAAGCAUAACAUGUUAGUUUUCUUUUUAUUAAUGGUUUAUGGUGUUGUAUAAUGUUCCAUUUUAAUACUUUUCUGUUCUUCGCAUGUAUCAAAACUUCUGUUUGUGGUUAAGGAGCAGAAAGGACAAAGGGCAGUGGCAAACAAUGUGACUGAGAAAUAACUUGAUGGUGGUUUUGAAAAAGCAAAAAAAAAGAACCAUAAACCAUUUUCUGUUUAUAGUCGGGCUUCGGCAUUCCUUGGGCCAUGUAGAAAUGAAUGUGAGUCCCUUCCAAGCCGCGUAAGUGAACACAGAUGUUUUGAGUGAGUGAGGCUUUCCAAAAGGAGUGCCACAGAUCGUGUUUUAAAGUCAAAUCAAAUUGGUUCAUCUGCUAAGUGGAGUACUUUACAAGACUCUUUGGAAUUGUAAUAUUGAAGAAAAAAUAAAAUAUUAAAUUGC